AUGUCCACGCAGUCAUACCGGGAGAAAGACCAGAAGAAGGAGAAAUUUGAAUCCACCCAGGGUAAAAUGCCCAGAGGGCCGAAGAACAAGGUCUGCCCUGCCUUUGUGGAGACCAGCAGCUCAGAUCUUGUUGCCCAGGUUCCCGCAGAAUCAAGCGACGGGUCUCCAUCUGGCCCUCUCCACAACAGCACAGAAGGUUCCUCCACUGCUGCUGCGGAUUCUAUCAUACUUGAGAACCCCGGGAUGCCUUCCAAGGGCUGUGUGCAGACGAAAAGGCGUUCCGACCUCCUAGGCAGCCAGAGUUCUGCAGACCUUAGAUGUGCAGUGGCCGAGACCAGCCAGGAUACUAUGCGCGAGGGCAGAAAAGCCACCAUGGGGAAACCCACAAGGGGCACUGGCCAGAUCAGGGGGCAUCCGAACCAGAUCAAGAGCCCAGGGAACAACUGUGGCAAGAAGUACCCGUACCGCGGAGAGCCUGCCCAGAGUCAGAAGCCUCUAAGUCCUCUGUUAAGUUCUCAGGCUUCUACGCGGAGUCAUACAUCCCGCCAAGCGCCUGCACUCGAAAGCCAGGCCGCACCACCAGGCCCUGCUCUUCGCAGCCGUGCAUCCAGGCCAGGCCCGACCCUCCGCAGCCGCGCCACCCCGCCGGGCCCCUCUCCCCGCAGCCGCGCCACGCCGCCGGGCCCAGCUGUCCGCAGCCGCGCAUCCAGGCGAAGCCCUACUCUCUGCAGCCGCGCCACCCCGCCAGGCAGUGCUCUCAGGAGCCGAGCCACCACACCAGGUCCUGUUGUCCGUAGCCGUGCCAAGCAGCGAAGAUCAGCCCUCCGCAAGCGCCCCUCUCUGCCUGGGCCUACUGGCCGGAGUCCUGCUUCCACUCCCGGAAGCCUUGUCUUCGGGAGCUGCCCAAGUUCCCCUGAUCCGGAGGCUCCACGCCUUGCCUCCCAGCCAGGUCGUGCGCUCCGCAUGCGUGCUUCCUCACCCUCUCCUCCGGGCAGGUUUUUUUUUCCUUUCUUUGGGCAACGUGGUGAGAGUGUGUCCUCCUCCUCUCCUGGGUCUCCUAGCCAAGGCCGCUCCUCCUCUCCCUCUGGGUUUUCUGACUGGAGCGCCUCUUCGUCUUCCCCUUCCCCUUCCCCUGGGUUUUUGGGCCUGAAUUCCAUCUCUACUCCUAGUCCUGCUAGCCUUAGGCGCGCCUUACUGCCUGAGCUUGAUUCCCUGAGCCCUGCUUUUCCAGCAGAGUAGGCCGAAGUAGGGAGCAUGUCCGCCCAAGUCCUACCCUACACUUCCUGUUCUGUGACCCUAGAUGAGCACCAUUCAGGAGCCAAAGGAGGACUUGGCACCCACCCACUGUGCUGA